AUGACGCUCGCUCUCCUGCUGCUAUGGCAUCUUCAAAUAGCCAUUGCAGCUUCUGCGGAGCUUCCUAGCGAGACAGACCAGGUCGAAAGAGUCUACAUAGAAAGCUACCCGGUCAAGGAGUUCGCAUCUGCCAAUAUUCUAGCACCUCAGGUCGAAUUCUCCAUCGACAAUUCAGAAUGCGAUGACGGCCAAUACUACUUCAUCUCUCCUCGAGGCUGGAAAGUUCGGGAACCAGGCCCGAUGAUUCUAGACCGCAAAGGCGAGGUCAUAUGGGCGAACCACUUCCCAAACGACUUUGGUGGGCAGGCAUAUGAUCUCAGGGUCCAGCAGUACCAAGGCGAGGAAUACUUGACAUUCUGGCUGGGUGACGAUCGAGUCCGAGGACAUGGUGAUGGAUACUUCUAUAUGCUCAACUCCUCGUACCACAUUGUUCGUAAAGUCAGUGGCGCGAAUGGAAAACUUGCAGAUUUCCAUGAGUUUUUGAUCACCCCAGAAGGCACUGUUGUGCUAGCCGUCUACGAGACAACGCCCAAGGAUGUAAGACCUGCUGGACGCAAGGUCAAUGAUACCUGGAACCAAGCUGUCCUGGAUUGCCUAGUUCAGGAAGUGAAUAUUGAGACUGGAGAGCUCAUUUUCGAGUGGCGAGCUUCGGACCAUAUCGAUGUGACUCUUUCCUACCAAAAGAUGGACAAACCAGAGGUUGGGACUAAAGAAAAGCCAUAUGAUUUCUAUCAUCUCAAUUCAGUGGACAAGGACGAGCAUGGUAAUUACUUGAUCACUGCUAGGAAUACGCAUUCUAGCAUUUAUGUCGAUGGCAGAACCGGGGAGACGAUCUGGACUUUGGGUGGAAAAGAUAACAAGUUUAAGGCCCGAUCUGGAGGCCAUGCCUUGAAUAUGGCGUGGCAGCAUGACGCUCGCUUCGUGUCACCGGAGCUGUUCCCCGAAACCUAUAGACCAUCGACUUCAAACCCAGGAACAACCACAAAAUUGAUGACUAUCGAAGGAUCUGAUCCAGCGUAUACAGUGCGUGUGGUACGUGAAUACAUUCAUCCUGAGCACAUCAUCUCGUUCAGCCAAGGAUCUGUGCAACUAUUAUCCCAGCAGAAAGGCCGCGACGCUAGGGUAGUUGUAGGAUACGGAAUCAACGCUGUGGUAGCUGAGUUCAGCGGCAAUGGCACUAUUUUGUGCGAUAUGCUCUUUGGUACCAAAUAUUCAUGGGAAACUGGCAACAUUCACAAUUAUCGAGCAUACAAGUUUCCCUGGGUCGGGCGGCCUACACAUUCGCCUGCAAUCGCCAUUCGUGAUGGAAAUGCAUACUUCAGCUGGAAUGGCGCUACUGAAGUCGUUGAAUGGCUUCUACAAGAGUCCGAUCUCACAGGCGCCAGAGUGUGGAUUGAUGUGAUCAAAGUGCCAAAGACGGGCUUUGAGACCGCGAUUCCGCUCAUCAGUGACCGCUACGCUGUGAGGAAACGAUAUCUGAGAGCGAUGGCGAUCGACAAGGACGGCCGAGUGUUGCAUCAUGGCAUCAGUGACCCCCUUGAUCGGCAUCAUGGCAUCAGUGACCACGUUGAUCAAUCCCCCUCCACCUUUGGACUCGAUCUAACUGGCAACACGCUUUACUUGUCGCUUACGAUAGCGUGCAUUGGAAGUAUUGCAGUCCUGGCCAGAUUGUUCAAGAUUCUACGUGGCAGGGCCCCUAAGCCCUCGGGCAAGUCAAGUUGA